AUGUUGCGCAACGCCCUCGCCGCCGCCUCCCGCCCCGCCCUCGCCCAGGCCCGCACAGCCACAACCCUCUCGGCUGCCUUCCCAAGGGUCGCAGAGCGACCUCCCACAAAAUACGGCGGCGUGCACACCGUCACCCUCAUCCCCGGUGACGGUGUCGGUGCUGAAAUCACAGACUCCGUCAAGGAAAUCUUCGAGUAUGUCAACGCCCCCAUCGAGUGGGACCAGUACGACGUCUCGGGCAUGUCUUCUUCCGGCGAAGACCUCUUCAAGCAGGCCAUGGAGAGCUUGAAGCGCAACAAAGUCGGCCUCAAGGGCAUCCUCUUCACCCCCAUUUCCCAGUCCGGCCACAUCUCUUGGAACGUCGCCAUGCGCCAGCAGCUCGACAUCUACGCCUCCGUCGUCCUCUGCAAGUCCCUCCCCGGCUUCCCCACCCGCCAUUCCGGCGUCGACUUUGCCAUCAUCCGCGAGAACACCGAAGGCGAGUACUCCGGCCUCGAGCACCAGAGCUACCCGGGCGUCGUCGAGAGCUUGAAGGUCUCCACCCGCGCAAAGGCCGAGCGCAUCUCGCGCUUCGCCUUCGACUUUGCCCUCAAGAACAACCGCAAGAAAGUCACCUGCGUGCACAAGGCGAACAUCAUGAAGCUCGGCGACGGUCUCUUCCUCAACACCUUCCGCCGCGUCGCGGAGGAGUACCGCUCCUCGGGCAUCGAGUUCAACGACAUGAUCGUGGACAACACGUCCAUGCAGCUCGUCGCACGCCCGACCCAGUUCGACGUCAUGGUCAUGCCCAACUUGUACGGCGCCAUCGUGUCGAACAUUGGCGCCGCCCUCGUCGGCGGACCCGGCAUCGUCCCUGGGUGCAACGUCGGUCGUGAAUACGCGCUGUUCGAGCCUGGCUGUCGUCACGUCGCGAAAGACAUCAUGGGCACCAACCGCGCCAACCCCGCCGCCAUGAUCCUCUCCGCCACGAUGAUGCUCAGGCAUCUCGGCCUCGACCACAUCGCGAACAACAUCGGGCGCGCGACGUUCGACGUCAUCAACGCCGGCAAGGUCCGCACUGCCGAUAUGGGUGGCUCCGCGACCACGUCCGAGUUCACCGCGGCCGUCAUCAAGAGCCUCGUCUAAAAAAAGCCAGGUCGGGGGCAGGUGGAGUGGGACUCUGUGGAACUGCGGACGUGGCUGGAAUAGAUAGUGUCGUGUUAUCGUACAGGGAAUAAUGGCCCGAACGGCGCACGGCUGCGCCGCCCGCCGUCGUCGUCUUCUUGUCAUCUCUUACAGCGCUAUACACUAAUGUGGAGCCAUC